CUUUGGUAUGUUUUUCCCCUAUUUCAAGUGUCACCGUGAACAUAUGAUACCAGGAAUUUUGUUCGUAAAACAGUAGCUUAUUUUAGUGACAGUUCGAUUUUUACAUGUAGUAGAUUUUUGUAGUAUUCCCUCGUGCGAUAACUACAGAUAUUUACAGUGAAAUCGGCAAGAACAAGAUAUGACAGGUAACCGGCAGUUUACAUUACUAUCGAAUGGGGAGGGGCUAACUUCACAAGAAAAUUUAUGCGUAUAAUAUGUAAUGUCGGUUUUGAUGCUGCGGAUAUUUCUUUCCCUGCAAGAAGUAUAUAAUUCAUACGUACUCAAUAAUCACAAAACAACACAGACAAAUGGUGCUUUCCUUUGGUUUUAUGCGUCGAGUUGUGAUCAACAUACGUUUGCGGUCAAAUUAGUGGCUUAGUAAUGACAAGUUUUAACACUCUCCAUCAUGAUGGAGUCUACAGCAAACAGUCUGAAAGAAUGGAGGUAAAGUGAUUGCAUAUAAGCUGUGAUAAAUGAACCAAAGAGUCUGAUGUCAAUGUGAAAAAACAAAAAAUCUUGAGAUGAGUAAAUUAAUGCUAUGGAUUGACAGCUUGUACAAGAUAAGGCUGGCUGAAAAACGAUCAUAAAGGUCAACUGUGACUCACUGAACAUAUUGUCAUUAUUUACAUAGAACAAUGGAAGGAAUAGGCCAUAACAGUAAUUGGAAGAGAGAUUUUCAUCAUCGAAAUAAUUCAUGGGAUGCAACACACAUUAGCAGCAGCAGCAACUUGGUCAAUAAAAAUGAGAGAUUACCACAUUCCUUUGGUCCACAACGUGAUUUCAAGAAAUCAAAACUUACACGAGAGACGUACAGGGAGAUACAUGAAAGAGUUUUGCAACAUUUUGGAAAGAAAUUCUCAUUUGAUCCAUCACUGCAUACAUGGCAGUUACCAGAACCAGAUGAAAUGUUCACAACUGAUGACUGGCAAGAAGACCGUCUGCAGCACAUGAAAGAAGCACUGAAUGCUGUGAAAAGCAAGUUGAAUGAUUACAAUCUGGGGGACUGGCACAAGCACACUAGGGCUAUGAACAUGGCAGCAUAUAUUCUUAAAGCUGUUAAGAAUCGAUGCCAGGCAGAAUUUGUUACACAGGCAUGGUGCAAAUUUUAUGAAAUUGUGGCUACUUAUGAUUUGGUUCCCGAGUCAGCCAACACUGAUGGCUUUUUUAACUCCUUGCACCUUUGUGAAGCCCCUGGUGCUUUUAUAGCAGCAUUGAACCACUAUCUGAAGCUGAACAAAGAUCUCAAUUGGAAAUGGCUGUCAACAACUCUCAACCCGUAUUAUGAAGGCAACCCUCUCUCAUGCAUGAUCAAUGAUGAUAGGUUCAUUCUUCAUACAUUAGAAAACUGGACAUUUGGCGCUGAUUUUACUGGUAAUCUUAUGGAUACAUCAAACUUCAAGCACAUAUUAGAAGAAAGUCAGAAAAUGGGAGAUGUCUUACUGGUAACAGCUGAUGGAAGCAUUGACUGUCAAGAGAAUCCUGGUGAACAAGAGUACAUUGUGUCAGCACUUCAUUAUUGUGAGGCAGUUACAGCACUUCAUGCACUUGCAGCAGGUGGAAGUUUCUUACUGAAGAUAUUUACAAUAUAUGAACAUGACACUAUCUGUCUAUUAUACCUCCUGUGUUGUGCUUUCAAACAUGUGAAUAUAUAUAAACCUGCAACAAGCAAGGAAGGCAAUUCAGAGGUGUAUGUUGUGUGCCUUGAGUACAUUGGUAGUGAAUUGAUGGAACCAUGGUUGAAAAUAUUGCGGCAACAUUAUGGUGAAGAGAAGCAACAGAAAGCAAUGUUCCCACGCCAAUUAAUUCCAGACUCCUUCAUUCAGCGAGUCUUUGAAUGUGCAGAAAAGUUUAAAAAUUUGCAGGUGGCAGUUAUUGAAAGGAACAUAGCCGUGUUUGAAGGCAUUGAUCAGCCCUUUGAAUUCAAUUGGAAACUACGAGAUAUGGUAACAGAGCACUAUAUUGAGCACUGCAAGUUGACCAAAUUAAAGGAUGAUGACUAUAUUGUUGGAAAGCAUAAGUUGAUGGAAACAGUAGCACUGAAUGUUGGACCAAAAAAUGAAGAAGGAUCAUUUAAUGACCGAUGUAAAAAGCGAAAGUUGGACCCUUCUGAACAGCUUAGGGUGCUACAAGAUGAGGUUACGAACCUAGAGAUUAAGUGGCCUUUUGAGGAUGAAGAUAUAAAAUGGCUUACAUUCCAACAGAAGCUGCUCAAAAAGUUUUCCAUACGAAUAGGAAAACCUAUUCACACAGUUGAAAGCUCAAAAUUUUGCAUGGGACCAUUAUUAGGGAUGCAUAACCAGGCAUUGAAUAUUGCUUUUGAAAAGUUCGGCUACUCCAUGGAUGAAAAAAAGAAUGGAGGACAGGUCAGAAGUGAACUUCUUAGUAAAUAUCGUGAAUUACCCAAGAAAUAUAAUAAAAUAAUAAAUUUUGGACAAAGACUGUGGAUAGCAAUGGCAAGAGGAGAAAACACAGAGGCCAACAUAGAUGCAUUAUAUGAAAUUGCAGACACUGUAGAAGAGCUGUGGCGUGGAGAUACAUUGCUUCUUCAAGGCUAUCCUAUGCUAACUCAGUUGAAUGUAGGAGUAGUUUACCUUCUCAGUCGUAUUUUUGAUAUGGUUGGAUUUAUUAAACCUCACAAACAGGAUUGUGCAGUUAUAUUUUGUGGCUAUCGCUCUGGCAGUCACACUCUGGUUUCCUGUAUUGAAGACAUUGCAAAUGAAAUGGGUCGCUUAGAUAAAGAAGGUUUAAAGCAAGCUGUUCUUGCCCUUGUACCUAUUAGUGUUCUUUGUGGAUAUGAACAGGAAGAAAUUGAUGAAACACAACCUGGAAGCGAUGCGAGACAGGAAGAUCAGAAUAAAGAAAAAAUAAAUGUCGACAUAGAUUUUCAUAGAUGUGUAACACACAUAAAUAAUCUGUGUGUCAAGGAACGCAUUAUACAUGUUGUCAAUGCGGUAUUGUGAUGAUAGUGUCUUGAUUUAUUGCUGCCAAGACAUUUAUCUUUUACUGAAUAGGGACUGAUGUAAAUAGUUCUUGUAAAUAAUUAAGUAAAGAAGAAACUAUCAGUAUGAAUGAA